AUGGUGAGUCUGAGUGUCACUGCAAAGGAAUAUACUGGAGCGAGGUCAAAGAGUGGCAAAUGGGUAAGCAGGUGUAAGGAAAAAGGGUGCCUCAACAAGUGCAAUGUGAAUUUGAAGCUGUGUAGAAGUGAACUUCACAGUAAGAGUUCCAUGAACCUAAAUGAGUGUUUUGGAGUAUGAGCACCAGUAUUUCAUGAGGCUAGGAAGAUGAGCUUUUGAGAGGUGAAAAGUGUUUUAACAGAGGCAUUGGUUCCCGUGGCCAGCCCACCCAUUAGGCCAGGUGAGCUGACCACCUCAGGAGGCAGUAUCCAGCCUCCAAAGUAUGCAUUGCCUGCAUCCACAGUGACAGCAGCAGAUGCAGCACACUCUUUGGAGUCUGGAUCGGCAACCUCCUUGGCAGCCCCCCUCCCCUUGCUGCCUCUGCAGCAGCCUCUUGAGGAAUAGGAGGCACUGCUGAUCUCCUCCCACCCCUAGGGAGGAAAUAGUGAGGGCUGCUCUCAGCGGUCUCCUGAGCUCUGCACCCACCCACUUCAACCAUCAGGUAAGGUUGAUUUGACACCCCCUGCCCAUUUCUGCUGUGGAUCUUCACUCCUGCCUUGUUAUCAAUGUAGAUCUGCAUUCCCUCCCCCUUUGUUUCUGAUGUAGGUCUUCACUCACCCCUUCCUCCCUGGCAGGUUGGGGGCACCAUGUUGUUAUUUGGCCUCAGGUGCCAAAAAGCCUUGGGCAGGCCCUGUUGGUUGGUUCCCUGCUUCCAUACACAUUUUGUGUCAACACACGCAUGAUGGUCCAGUGAGUUCCAAAAAUCCCCACCUCAGCAAAACCUAUUUAGCAGAGGAGAAAGUGGUGCGGGUAUAAAAAACCAAAGUCAAAAGCGGUCUGGUGGGUGCAGUGUCCAGUUUUGGACUUUUUUUUUUUAACCUAAAGUCCAAGUCUGACUCUACCUCACAGGAUUGUUUUGGGAAUAAAAAGGUGAGGCUACAUAGACCAUCCCAAGCUCUGAAGAAGGCGAAGGCAGAAUGAAAACGUAAUACAGAAGCUGCCGUCAACUGAGGAGAGUGUGCUGGCGAGGAGUUAUGGUCCCCCUCCAAGUGAAAUGGGGGGACAUAAAAGUGUUCCAGAGCCUGGAUAAAAAUAUGGAAGAAGUGCUGAGGAGAAAGCAUUUCGAGAGAGGGAGGGCUAAGUGAGAACUAUGAGCCGUGCAAGACUGAGGAGAAACCACCAAGUGCUGGGCCUUAGGCCUCGAUUACGCCUGGCUGCCUUUGCCUGCCUAACAGUGCGAACUACGCUGACAGCAAGAAAAGAACGAAGAGCGAGGCUCGAGCCAGAUAAACCGUUGGGCGCUUUCAAAAAAACCCUCACAAAACCCCCCCUCAGAGGGUGGCGCGUUAAAGCCCCGCCCCUUUUUCGGCACGAGGCACAGCCGAUUGCAUCACAGACCGGUAAGACAGACCCGCGCGAGAUCUCCCUCCCCACCCCCACCCCCGCCAUCACAGUGUACAGGAAGUACUGCUGGAGCCACUUCCGGGGCGGCUGGAGUGACCGGACGACGUCCCGUCCUCUGAGUCCUCGGUCCUGAGAGGGUUUCCUUCUGGUGCCUCGGUUUCAAAAGCCGCCGCGAUCCGUUUCUUUAUUUUUAAAAAAAAUAAAAAAGGCCCGAGAAGGCGGCAAAUGGGCUUCUUGAAAGGCGCCGUUGUUUUGUGUUCGCGCUGGGCCUUCCCGAGGGCGCCCGUCGUUCCUGGACGGAGCUGGGAGACGAGCAGCACGUGGCUGGGAUGAGUAGGUGAGUGGGGGUCCCGUGGCGGGCAUGUGGGAAGGGGAGAGAGGGUGCGAGAAAUGGCGGGGGGUGGCAGGUCGUCUGUGUCUGUGUGUCUGUUGGGGGUGGGGGGCUGCCUUUGUGCCCAGGUGAGAGUGGCGGUGAGGGUUGAGCAGCGGAGGAGGACGAGGAAGAAGAAGAAGGAGCCGACCUGCAGGAGGAGGAGGAGAAGAAGGAGCCCACCUGGAUCAGGCGAAGGGCUCAUCGAAUCCAGGAUCCAGCUUGUAGCAGCGGCCGUCCAGAUUUCUCUUUAAAAAACGGCAGGCAAGGCGGGAAGGUGACGGACUCUCCCUCUUUCUCAUGCUCCUAGUACUCCAGGUAUACUGCGCCUGAACAUGGAGGUUUGAUUGAGCCCUUAUGAAUCAGGAGCCCUUGUUGGGCAUGCCCAGCACGAAUUUAUCAGAUCAAUUAAAAGAGAAGAAGAACACUUGAUUUGUGUGGUUUUUAAAAAAAGUAAAUUUACUGUAGAUGAGUGACGACUUUAAAAGGAAAUUAAACAGAUUUACCAACGGUGUAAACAUGAUUCCAGGAACAUAUAUGUAUAAAUAUAUAUAGUGAAUGUAUGUUAAGUAUUGAUAAUAUUUGGCUAGACUUCUAUUUACUUGUUGGUAUGUGGAAUGUGUGUUGCAACAUUUGAGAUUGUUCUAGUAUUUAUAUCAUUGUAGUAUUUAAGUGCAGUAUUGAUGUCAUUGAACAAUUCUUGUAUAUUCUGUAUAAUUUGCUUUAAAAAAGUGUAAGAGGGGCAUUUUGCAUUCCCUCCCCAUGCCUUUUCCAUCCAUUGAAAUGUAUUGCUUUAUACUGUAUGUUAUCACAAUAUGAAAUAAAAGAAAAGUUAUAAGUCAUCACAGCAUAAAUUUUGUUCCCCUCCAUACGACAAAUGUAAUGAAAAGUAAAACAGGAUUAAUCAGAACCUGUAAAUAAAACCUGGUAGUCAGCCUUUCAAACAGUGGAAUUAUGAAGUCCAAGUAAGCCAUUAAUUUGCCAUGGUUUACUAUUUCUCAUUUCCAGGCUUUUCAUGAAGGAGUAGAAUGCUUGACAGGGCCCAAGCCUUGACACAAAAUGGGAAAGAGAGGUGCUGUGCAAAUUUUGUUCUUCAAAGCAUCCAAUUCUUCUCUAUCCGGUGUGUAGAAGGAGUGCAGAAUUGAAAGCUUGCAGCCUGAGUCCAAUUGCCAUCUUCACUGGUGAUAUAACUCAGGCUAGGUCCCAUAAGAGGGAGGAACAAUAUCUGUUCUACUUCCUAUGCCUGCUUGAGGUGUGUGGCAGCUAGAAGAAGAAGCUCGAUCUGUGGUUAUCACAGAGGUAGUGCAGUCAGCUGCAGCUGCUCUGUACUGAGCCCCAAACAACAUGGAGACCUGUGAGUGGGGACUCAGCUUGGAGUUCGUCAACCUGUUUAAACCUCUUUGGUAAGGCAAAUUGUGCAGUGAAAGAUGGAAACCCCUUUGGUAAAAAGAUGGGUGGGAAGGAAUGUGUCUUGAAAAGUGAGGAUUGGUGAAGAGGUUUAUGCCUGGAGUAGUGAGGCAAGGAUGGUGGUAUAGUAGGCACUGUUGUUUGAAUCCUAAAAACUGGAAUAACUACUCAGGCUUCCUUUAUUUAAUGACAUAUGGUGGGGGUAGAGAAUGGGCUGUUAGAUUUCUUUUGGUAGCUGGUAGAAAAGGGGUUGUGGUUGGGUGGUGCUUUUUUUAGUGCUAUCAAAUAACAAAGUCUUUCAUUUUUACAGUACUGAUACAUAAUUUCUUAGGCAAGCAGUGUGUCUAGACCAGGUAUAGGCAAACACGGCCCUCCAGAUGUUUUGGGACUAGAACUCCCAUCAUUCCUAGGUAACAGGACUAGUAGUCAGGGAUGAUGGGAGUUGUAGUUCCAAAACAUCUGGAGGGCCAAGUUUGCUUAUACCUGGUCUAGAUAGGUGUGCUCGGAAAUGCGCACCCCCACCCCAAAUUUUCUUUGAAUCCAUGGUUUGAGAACUGUUAAUCUGCCUCUGGAAUGAAGGUGUUCAUGUGCAGCUAGAUAAGUGGUAGAUGGAAUGUAGUUUUGUGUGGUCUACCUUUUCAUCUUCCUAGCCUCUCUGUAUUCCAACAAUGUGUUAAGUGCAUUCUCCAGAUCUUUUUAACAGUUAAGGCAGUAAGUAAUUUAUCUAAUGUGGUGCUAACCAUGCACUCUUCCUUAAAAACAUAAGCAGGUUAUUAGAUCAGAUCUAGAUCUACGUAGCCCAACAUCCCUUGCAAAAAUCCCAGCAAACUGCAGGCUAUAGGUUAUCAAAAGCUGACCUGUCAUCCACCAAUAGAUUACAGUUCUCACACCUCUCUAGAUACUGAGAAAUGAGGCACUGAGAGAGAGAGGAAGAAGGAAAUAUUAAGGUAUGUGGCAACUAGAAUUGGAGGGAGAAAAGCAGAUAUAUCUGGCUGGGUGCAUGCUUCUGAAAUUUUUAAGUGGCCUAUGGUUUAGGAGAGGCUUUAUAGUUGAGAUCAGUAUUUGUGUGGCCUCCAAAUAGUCAAUGAGCUUUAAGUUAUAGUACAGUUGAGACGUUUGGAGGUCAGAACUAGAGAAGCAUGCUUUUGCUGGGAUCUGAGCCAGUAUGGGAAGGUGGGGGAUGGGGAGGAUCAGUCAAAGUCACUGCAUAAUUGUUCCUUGACCCUUGACUGUGGAGUAAAUGUUUAAUAUGCUUGGUAGCACAACUUUGUCUUUUAUCGUGUAGAAAGAUGAACUUUGCAAUUCAAUUAAUUACUGUUUUUAUUGCUGUUAUUAAAGAUUGCAGAAGUGUCUAGAAGCUUUUGGAAGCUGUGUGGGAAAAGUUAUUUAUUUAUAGGUAGGAUAAGCUGGGGUACAAUGUCUAGAAAGCCUUCAUGAAUUGCAAAAUCUAAUUGCUUUUUCAGAUCUCCGUAGUGAAUUUGUGCUUUUAAAAACCUCUAAGCUUGCCAUCUGGUACUGAUUAUUGCUCUUUCGGAGCAUGAUCUUCUGGCAGGACAAAUAAUUUUGCUGACAUAAUAAAUAAGAAUCUGAAUAUAAUUUGUGACUCAAAUAUGAGAUGGAGAGAGAAGGCUUAUUUUAAAUAUACAGUGGUACCUCAAGUUACAAACACCUCAGGUUACAAAUGCUUCAGGUAACAAACUCCGCUAACCUGGAAGAGUUACCUUGAUUUGAGAACUUUGCCCCAGGAUGAGAACGGAAAUCGUGUGACGGCGGCACAACGGCAGCAAGAGGCCCCAUUAGCGCAAGCACGCCUCUAGUUAAGAACAGUUUCAGGUUAAGAACGGACCUCUGGAACGAAUUAAGUUCGUAACUAGAGGUACCACUGUACCAGCACCUUUCCAACUUCCUCAGUUUGAACAACCAGUGGAAACCAGCUUGGGGAUUUAAACACCAGAUCCUAGGUAUGUUAAACUAAUUUUUGACUUGGAGAUUAUCUACAAACUUUUAUUAAAGAUUCCCCCAGAGAAUCCAGGGAAUUGUAGCAUUAUCAGGAUGCUGAGGAUUGUCUGCUAGAGAUCUCUAGCACCCCUUGCACAACUACUACCCAAUGACGAUGGAGAAGUGAGGUCUUUCGCUUCAUAGGGAACUUUUUUCAGCCCAAGCACCACAUUCCUUUCUGGGCAGCCUUUGCGGGGGCGAUACUCUAGUGCAGUGUUUCUCACACUUGUGCCCCCAGCUGUUGUUGGACUACAAUUUCCAUCAUCCCUAGUUAGCAGGACCAGUGGUCAGGGGUGAUGCGUGUUGUAGUCCAACAACAGCUGAGGACACAAGUUUGAGAAACACUGUCCUAGUGGUAGGUGGAGCCAGAGACAAAAGUGGCCAGAGUAAUGAAUCUCAACCUACUAACCUACCUUGAUAUGGUAGGCUAGUUUCUCUACCCAUGCACAUACCCCUUUCUAUCCUCCAUUCAGAAAAUCAAAAAGCAUUGUCAGAGGUUACAGACACAUUCCAGCCCAGCAAACACUCAAGGAAGCAACAGCCUUGAGAGGGGGUGUGGCUAGGGAGAGUUAGAGGGUCAGGUAGGAGCCUGGACCAGUGUUAGAAACUGGCAUAGGAAAACUAGGAGCCAUGUGGCUCCUGGGACUUGGGUUGUGGACACCAAAGCAACAUGUUUAGGUGCCAUUUUGUUUCCUGCCACGCUAUCCCACAGACCAUCUGAUUUGCCCAGCAGUGUAGCAGCAGAAUUUUUUUUUAAAUUGCCGGCGAAUCAGGUGUUCUGCAGGGUAGCGUGGCAGCAAAUGACACACAUCUUUUGCUGCCAUGGUACCCAGCAGACCAGCUGACUGCAGCCAGGCAGGUGGAGAUGUUAGGUGUCAAAGGUGGUGCCCAGACAUCUCCAUCCAGUCGCAAAAGGCCUCCAUCCAGUCGCAAAAUGCAUCUGGCUCCCGGCUCAUUUCAGAAGUGUGUUGCAUGUGUUUCCAUAUCUAGUUGGUUUUCAAGGAAAAAAUGGAUGAGCAGGUGUUAGGAUUUUAAAAAAUAUAGCCUAUCCCAUGUCUGAUUGAUUGCAGUUAUAGCCUACCUUUUCCUCCAAGGAGCUCAAGGUGACAUAUCAUAUGGUUCACUUCCCCCCUGUUUUGAUUCACAACCCUGGGAGAGGUAAGUUAAGCUGAGAGACUGUGACUGGUCCCAUGUCAUCCUGUGAGCUUCAUAGCCAAGCAGGGAUUUUGCUGGGAAUCUCAGGUGAGAUACCCACACAGUGGAAGUUGCUUCCAGUACCAUUCAUCACACAGAAGCAGAGAAAGGUUCAGAUGGUUUACUGUUGCAGAAAAUAAGGCUCCGUAAAACAGUUAUGGACGUAGAUAUAGGCAGCUUGUAGGCUUUUGCAGAUACAAAUACGUACGGAUCCAUGCAAGUACAAAGUAUCUCUGUUGCUCUAAAUAAGUCCAGCAAUUCAGGACGUAAUACUGGACAACCGACUGGCUUACCCACUUACAGCUAGACACCACUGAGCUGAUAUGCAUUAAUCACAGAUAUUGUUGGGGCACUGGGCCAUUACCAUAGCGAUUAGAGCAUGGUGCUGAUAAUUAAUGCCAAGGUUGCAGGUUCGAUCCCCGUAUGGGGCUGCUUCAUAUACCAGCAUUGCAUGGGGUUGGACUACAUGAUCCUCUGAGUCCCUUCCAACUCUGUAGUUCUAUGAUUAUAUGAUCCAUGGGGUGAUUUACGCUCCUGACGUAUAGUAACCUCUUCUUAUGCCCAGUUACUCCAGCAGAACUGUGGUCUUCCAGUCCUAGUCCAACCCUCUGACCACUAUACCACACUGGCUGUACAGUUAGAGAUGGGGAUUAGGUGAUUCGGUGAUCCCCCCUCUGCCUUAUCAAAGGAGUAGUAAACCUCAGUCUGUGUUGUACCACUGCUGCAGGAGGAGGAAUUACUUGACUUACUGUUCCUCCAUAUGGAAUUAUCUUCAUGUAGGAACACUGGAUAUCAAGGAGGCUAUAACCUUUGUUUAUGCAGAGAGAGGCACUCGGUUAUUUCCAUACCUGCACCCUGAAGUUGUGCAGCCCAGAGUACGAUGCUGUUCUUAAAAAUUGCAAGAUGCCCAGCUCUCCAUUUUGUCCACCAACUCACACAAAUCCUAUGCUGUACUAGCUCCCCACAAAGUGUUCAGUAUUUGUGCAAAUUCCUUUCGCUUCUGUGGGCAUUUGGGAUUCAUACUGACAUCCCUGGUCUGGGUGUGGCCUACAUUUCCCCCCUGUCCAGCUGAUCCUGCCAGGGCAGAAUGUGCCUUUGAAGCUUCUUUCAGUUAAUUCUGGGCUGCUGUGCUUGCAUGCAAAAUGCCUUGAGUCUGUGUUAAAGCAUGGUAAGGUAUGAAAUGGAGGGUUUUCUGCGAUGUACAUCCCAGCUCAAUAAAGAGCUUAAGGGAUUUCUUUUCACUGAAUUAUUGGGGGCUGGCGUCACACAGAGGGUUGAGCUGGAGCAGCUUUGCCACUUGGCUGCUCACCUAGGCAAGUAGCAGUUGCACCUGGGUAAUCCAUCCAAUUGUAGCCACCUUCAUCCUCAGCAGUGCUGAAAGACAGCAUUAAAUUGCAAUGUGCAUGGGGUUAAUCGGCUUUGUGAUUGAAGGUCUUUGUUUUCUGCACUCUCGGAGAUAAGAACGCAGAGAGGAGCUCUUGUGGCUGCCAUGCUGUUUGCCCUAGGGGAGAGAGCAGAAACAGGGCUGUCUGUUCCACUUCCUCAUACCGUGUUUGUGUGCAUGUGUAGACACGGAGGAAGAACCCCUGCUAAAGCAGUGGGCUAGAGACAGAAGAAUGGAGGCAUGCAGAAUGAUUCCAACAGUUUGCAAUAGCACAGAGAUGUUGUUGGUGAGCUUCAGAUUGUGAGAGGGACAGUAGGGCAUGACGACCACAAAAUUACUGCAUACUGCAUACUUUUUGCCCUGUCCAAUUUGCUGAGUCAUUCUGAAGAUAACCUGAGAUAAGAAUUCUAAUGCACGUUCCCCCUAUGUAGAAGUGCUAUGGAAGUGAUGAUGUUUCAAAAUCUUUUUCAUCAGAAACAAAUAGGAGACAGGCCUAAAUGCAAUUUAGUAACCAAGUUUGAGGAUCUCCUUUUCCAAAACCAUACACUAUUCCCUGCACUGUGUUGAUCUGCUUCUUGGCUUGUAGAGGUUUUAACAACCAUAUGGAUGGGUAUGGGCUGUGCCUGUGCUAUAGCACCAGCAUUUUUAAAAUUUAUAUUAAAAAACAAUAGAAAAACAAGUAUAUUAUUCCCAUUGUUAUUUGAUGGACAACUCUGCUUCUGUAAUCCAGUUGCUCUAUCCAGAAUCAAAACUCUGAGUUUUGUAAAUAAUCAAAUACUGUACUACUUCCCCCCCCCUCAAGCCUGCACACUGAACGGCUCUGUUCAAAAUGAAGCAGGGUGAUGGUGGUGUUAAGAGUUUUAUCCCACCCCUUUUGCAAGUAGCUCGGAGGCUCUUGCUUAUCUGCUGCCAGCUAGCAUCAUCCUGCCCCCUUUUGAAAAGCUGAUUGUAUAAGCAGCAUGUGCAGUCGAGAAGCCUCACCCCUUUCUGUAGCUGUGCAGAUAAUAGCUGUCAACUAGGACUGGAUGUGAAAGCUCAUGUUGGGUGGGGUUUCUUGCAAGUCUGGACAGCAAUCAAGGAGAUUGGGCACAAGAAAUGUGCCAGUACAUUAGAGCCCACUUGUGACCCAUGCAUAAUAUAGGCAGUUGCCUGUGGCAUCUGAAAGCUUGAAGCCAAUUUCAUGUUUGUAACUAAACCCCAUGCAACUCAAGGGCUGAAUAAUCCUAUAUAAGAUUGUGCCGUAAGCCUUCAUAAAAUAAUGACCGCAGACUGAACAAUGGGCACUAAUUCAUUGUACUGCUGUAGUUGAGCACUUCAACUUGUAAGCUGCCUGUAAAUAUAACAGCUGUAAUUUUUUGUGAUUAUGCCCUUUGUGGUUUCAAAUUCAGAUUCCUUUUGAAUCAGAUACUCUUUUGAAGGUAGGAUGCUUAAACAUUUUUCAGGCUAGAAGAAACAGCUUAUUGAGCUGCCUUUCCAUUAACAUUAUUGUUUUUUUGGGGGGGGUUGCAUUUCCUCCCUGUAAAUCGUUGUGAUUUCUUGCAUAGUGAAGCACUGUGGUAAUUUGGUGAAGGGAAAAGGUUUGAGCACCAUUAUCCAUGUUCUAAGAGGCUUUACUGGACUUCCGUAAAAAUAAUAAUGAUGAUUAUGAUAAUAAUAUACAUACUCAGACGCUGUUUGAGUCAAGAAUGGAAGAUGCUUGUUUAGUUUAUAAAUACAGUAGUUUAUUACUGAUUUUAAUUUUUGAAUGUUUUAAAUAGUUGUUUGUAACAGUUUUUGCUGAUAAUUUAACUGGUUUUUGUUUUUUGGUAAACUGCUUUGAGGUUUUAACAAUCAUAUGUAUAUAUUUUAUUAGAUAGAUACCGUACUUUUCCGUGUAUAAGAAGACCCCCCACUUUUUAGCAUAGUUUUAAAAGAAAAAAACCUAGUCUUAUACACGGAAAAGUAUGGUAGAUAGAUAGAGCAGACCGGCAGCAUUAAAAUGGCUACCUUAGAAAGCACUGCUCCUGCAAUCAUGUUGCAGCUGACUUAUGACAGGCCCUAUCGUUGUUUUACAGGUGA